UUUUUUGGUGCUGUGAGUGAGACACCGAUAGAUAGAGAGCGCGGCAUAACCUAAACCUAUCUUUCUUCUCUCUCUGUGUGUGCGCAUCAACGGCAACCAGAAGCAGCCAUGGCCACUGCAAGGACUGUGAAGGAUGUUUCACCUCAUGAGUUCGUUAAGGCGUACUCCUCUCACCUCAAGCGAUCCGGCAAGAUGGAGCUGCCAGAGUGGACUGAUAUUGUGAAAACUGCAAGAUUUAAGGAGUUGGCUCCUUAUGAUCCUGACUGGUACUAUGUCAGAGCUGCUUCCAUGGCAAGAAAGAUCUACUUGAGAGGAGGACUUGGUGUUGGUGCCUUUCAGAGGAUUUAUGGUGGGAGCAAGAGGAAUGGUAGUCGCCCUCCUCAUUUUUGCAAGAGCAGUGGUGCCAUUGCUCGUCACAUUCUUCAACAGUUGCAGAACAUGAACAUCAUUGAACUGGACACCAAGGGUGGCAGGAAAAUCACUUCCAGUGGCCGACGGGAUCUUGACCAAGUGGCUGGACGCAUUGUGGUUGCACCAUGAUUCAUGAUUUGAAAAUGCCAUAAGCAUAUUGAGGUUUUUGGGUUCUUGUUAGAGAGAUGUGAUAACAGAUUAUGCUCAAAUUUUGAUUUUAGACUGAGUGUCUUUUGUGUAUUAGACGUCUUUUGUGUAUUAGACAUGCUCAAUGUUUAUGUUGCUUUCAGUCAUUUUAGAUAAUAUUGCUACAUUUAAUUUGAGUUUUUCUUUGGACAUUCUUGUUCCUUAAGUGUCUUUUACGUAUGAAAUGAAAUUUAAGGGUAAAUUAAACUGAUUA